AUGAAAUAUUUGGCAAGACAGGGAAUCGGGAUACAGAAAAGGCAGGCUGAAGUGAUCAGUGUCGACCAGGAAGACAUGUUGUGGGAGAAGGGGAUGCUGGGGGAGGGUACCCCCCAACAGCUAUUAGAUACAAUGGUGUAUUUAAUUGGCCUCAAUUGUGCUCUGAGGGCUGGUGAUGAGCACCGAUAUCUUAGAACGGGCCCGAAUUCACAGUUCGAAAUAACAGUAGGUGCUGAUGGGUUGAAAGGUCUAAAAUACAUGGAAGAUGUGUCCAAAACAAACAGAGGUGGCUUAAAACAUCGACAGUGUGAACGAAAAUGCGUCAAAGUGGGCCAGAACUUGGAACGUCCAGAGAGACCUAAAGACGGAAAAUGCAACGCAUUUUACUUGAGGCCCUUGAAAUUUGUGAGAGAAAAUACAUGGUAUGCUGACAUUCCGAUUGGAUUACAUCCUUUAAGAGGCACUAUCGGAAGACUGUGUAAAGUGGCAGGUUUUAGUGGUUUUUAUUCCAACCACUCCUUGAGGGCCACCACUGCAACACGUCUGUAUGACUCUGGCCUAGACGAACAGCUUAUCGCUGAGAGGACAGGGCACAAGUCUGUGGCAAUACGAAGCUACAAGAGGACAUCUGCGGAGAUGGAAGCCCGUGUUGACAACAUCAUUCAGAGGAAAUCAAGUAAACCUGCAUCCCCAACUGUGUCAACAGUUAUCAGAUCUACGUCAACGGCAUCAACUGCAUCAACUUUGACCAGUACCAAAGAGACAAAUGAUGACACAGCUUCGAGGAAUGAACGCGAUCUUAAAUUGGUUCUUAGGGAUGGCGUUGUUUUGUCUCUAACAUUCUGAGAAUAAACGUUGGGUCAACAGUGACAUAAUCUUGUUAUAUUUUGUUGAAGUUAGUGAAGAGUAUAGGACGCAUUUCCUGUAUCUUCUCCCGAGCAUGUAUCACAAAAUAAUUUUGCAAAAAUCAUGCUGUACUAUGGGAGGGCAACCGCUCUUGUUUAACUAUGGGAGGGGAACCUUUCAAGGAAGACUAUGGGACGAUUUAGUACCCAUACUCAAAC